AUGGAGUACAUGAAAGCGCAGUUUCCAAAAGGGCUACCCACACUGAAAGAAUUGAAAGCAGCCAAUUCUGGCAAAGAAGUACCUCCUGAGACAGCUUGGAUCUGGGGCAAAGAUGAUGAAAUUGCAAAGUUAGGCCGCAUCAAUCUACUGACACCGGAGCGAAUUCGUUCUGCUAAAGACAAAGAAGUCAAAGACGGAGAUGUUGUUUCUCUCAACUGGGACAUCAAGCUUCCUUCGCAACCGGCUUUCGGACGCCAGCCAUGCAAACACACAAUCUCAACUGUACCAGGUAGCGAAUACAUCUUUGACGACUGGUUAGACAUGAACAUACAAUCUGGCAGUCAAUGGGACGGGUUUCGACAUUAUGGGCAUAUAGGACACAAGAAGCUCUAUAACAAUCUCGAUCCGUCCGAAGUUCUCAGUGGCACAAAAUGCGGAAUGAACGUAAUGUCGGACCAUGGAAUCGUCGGCAGAGGUGUACUAUUAGAUUAUUACUCCUGGGCUUUGGAAAACGGCAAGCCUUACGACCCUCUUACCUCUCACGCAAUAACGGUCGAAGAUCUAGAGGCUGUAGCCAGAGCGCAGGGUAUCACAUUUGAAGUUGGAGAUAUUUUGCUCGUACGAAGCGGAUACACAGCCCGAUAUUACGAGCUAGAACGCGAGAAUCCUCAACGACUUAAGGAAGCUGGCGUUGAGUCCCCAAAUCUUGCAGGUGUGGAGCAGUCGGAGGAGAUGAAAGAGUGGCUUCAUGAUCAUUAUUUUGCGGCUGUAGCAGGUGAUGCACCAGCUUUUGAAGUGUGGCCUGGAAAUCCGGAUUGGAAGUUGCAUGAGUAUUUGCUGGCAUUGUGGGGUGUGCUGAUUGGGGAGAUGUUUGAUUUGGAGGCGUUGUCGAAGCAGUGUAAGGCGAAGAAGCGAUGGAGUUUUCUUUUUAUCAGUUCUCCGCUGAAUAGUCCUGGAGGAGUUGCUAGUUUGGCAAAUGCUUUGACUAUUCAUUAA